AUGGCGCCUCUACUCCCCCGUAUGCAUCUGUUUGAGAUCGAUGACCAGCCGUGGUUCCCACCGUGGCUUCGAUCAAAAGUCCAGGCAGCUCUGACAAUAGCUUGGACAACCCACAUUCCAUUCCUUCAAGCUCAAUCCCCCGCCCAAACUGUUGCCAACCUUCUCUCCGACACGCUUGGCCAAGCCGUAUUCGACCAUGUCUUCAUCGACUUCUGCGCCGGCGGCGGCGGUCCCACGCCCUCAAUCGAGCGCCAUCUGAACGCCACUCUCCCGCCCUCCUCCCAACAGAACGAGAAAGACGGCGUCCAUUUCGUCCUCACGGAUCUCCACCCACAUGUUACCGACUGGAAGAAAGCCGCAGCCGAAAGCUCACACCUCAGCUACGUCGCGGACCCCGUCGACGCCGCCAACGCGCCCGCCGACCUGGUCGGCCAGUACAAGGACAAAGGCAAGAAGGUGUUCCGACUCUUCAACCUGGCCUUCCACCACUUCGACGACCCGCUGGCGCGCGCCAUCCUCAAGAACACGGUCGAGACCAGUGACGGCUUCGGCAUCUUUGAGCUGCAGGACCGCACCCUGCUCGGUAUGCUCCCACCCAUUCUCUUCGGCAUCGGCAUCAUGCUGCUGGCGCCCUAUUACGCUCUCUGCGUCUGGCACGCGCCCUGGACGCUGGUGUUCACGUACCUGAUCCCCGUCCUCCCCUUUGUUUUGGUGGCCGACGGCAUCGUCAGCGCCCUGCGCACGCGCACCCCCGAGGAGGUGGCGCAUCUGCUGCGCACCUGCGGGGCCGAGGGCGGACCAGCCGAGAUCGAGAAGUGGGAGCUGAAGAGCGGAAAGAAGACAUUUAUGUGGCCGAUUGGUAGGGUCAACUGGAUCAUUGCUACGCGAAAGAGAUAA